CACCUGAGAUCCACGAGCGUCAGUCGCAGUUCGUCAGUCGGCCGGAUCUGAUCCGAUUUUGAAAUCCCUCGCUGAUCGUGCCUGAUUCUGAUCAGCUGCAAGUGCUUCAGUGCAGAUCCAGUUCCAGUUCCGCUGCCCUCGCGACUCUUAACCGGCACUUAGGGCGCUGUCCUUUACGUGACUUUCAGAUUCGUGCAUCGCUAUCCUCCGGUCAGCUUUUCAGAUUUUAGUUCCCGGUUUUGUUCUCUCUGUGAUUGGAUGCUGGAACCAGCCGCCGUUUUGUGUUGGAAUCAGGUUGGAUCCAUUGAACCGUGAACUGACGCGGCGUCUAGAGAUCGAUAUUCAAAUUUUGUAGAUCUCGAUGUUUGGAUGCUAAGACAAUGAACCCAUCAAACAUGUGGAGCAGCAGCAGUUCUCUCCGCAUUUCAUCUUUAAUUCUCUUCGUCUAUUCUGCACAAGUAAUCGAUGCAAAUCAACAGGGAGCUCACAUCUACAAAGAAGAUAACGGGUCACCGAUCCCGAGCUACACGGUGACGCGAACAUGCGGGAAGAACGGACCAAUCGUCCUCGAGGACGUGACACUCAUCCAGCACCUGGCUCAUUUCGACAGAGAGAAGAGCCCGGACAGAGUGGUCCACGCCAAGGGUGGAGGUGCUUUUGGAUACUUUGAGGUAACGCAUGAUAUAACCCAAUACUCAAAGGCCGUUGUUUUUUCAAAAAUCGGACUGAAGACACCUAUGGUUGCUCGUUUUUCAACUGUUACGAAUGAAGCAGGAGGUGCUGAUACCGUAAGAGAUCCUCGCGGUUUUUCAUUGAGAUUUUACACGGAAAAAGGCAACUGGGACUUGGUCGGAAACAACACUCCAAUUUUCUUCGUUCGGGAUCCUAUGCUGUUCAUGGCGUUCAUCCACUCUCAAAAAAGAAACCCUGUCACCCAUAGAAAGGAUCCAAACAUGGCUUGGGAUUUCGUCUCGCAAAGACACGAGACCCUGUUCCAAAUGUUGAUCACUUUCUCUGAUGCCGGGACCCCAGACGGUUUCCGAUACAUGAACGGAUUCGGAUCGCACACGUUUGUGUUGGUGAAUGAGCACAAUGAGCCUACUUACUGUAAAUUUCAUUUCUUGUCGGAUCAAGGAAUCAAGAAUCUGACCGCCGAAGAGGCCACCCGGUUAGCCGGUACCGAGCCGGACUACUCCAUCAAAGAUCUAUAUGAAGCCAUCGACAACCACGACUACCCAUCGUGGACCAUGUACUUGCAGGUUAUGUCGUUCGACCGAGCCAAUCGGGUCAAAUUCAACGUUCUCGACGUCACCAAGAUGUGGCCAGAGAGUGAUUUCCCUCUCAUUCCUGUCGGAAGAAUGGUUUUGAACCGAAACGCACAAAAUUAUUUUGCUGAAAUAGAACAGCUCGCUUUUGAUCCCUCUAAUCUUAUUCCCGGCAUUCAACCGAGCCGUGAUAAGAUGCUGCAGGCUCGACUUUUCUCUUACAAGGACACUCAACGCCAUCGACUCGGCCCGAAUUUCAUUCAAAUACCGGUCAACAGUCCAUUGAAACCAAAUCACAUCGUUAAUCUUCAAAGGGAUGGACCAGGGCUCAUUUACCAUCAAGAUGGAGAACCCAACUACUAUCCUAACUCCUUUAGUCCGUAUAGACCGGACAUAGAGCAAGAUUUCAUGAACUACACCAUUGAUGGCGUCGUUAUGAGGCACGAUACAAGUGACGCAGACAAUUAUUCUCAAGCCAGAGAGUUCUACGCAGCGAUGGCUGAUCACGACAAAGCUGCCCUGGCUAAAAAUAUUGGAAAUAAUCUGAAGGACGUCAAAGAACCAAUCGCGGUGAAAGUGAUAAGAAGUUUCGGUCUCAUCAGUUCCGAAUUAUCGUCAGGUAUUGAAUACCAUAUGAGAAAAUGAUACAGCGAAAUUUGUCUGGAUUUCAAAGGCUGAAUAUACUUUUAGAUAAUUUCUAUUCGGAAGACUUUGCCCUGAUUAGAGUAAUAUUGAAACUCGAUUUAUGUGAUAUAUCCUGUUAAUUUAUUUUUUGUGAUAUGUUUAUAUAUUUUUUGUCCAAAUGAGUUCA